GCCGGGAGUCGGGGUGCCGCCGGUUACUCUUGUGAGUGCCUUUCAGGAAGCCACAGGGCGGGCGGCGUCCGCGCUGAGGACCCGGGAGCGAGUAGCAGGCAGGCCCCGUUUAUGCACAGCCCAGUGACAUAUACAGAAGCAUAACUCCGGCUAGAGAUGGAGCGCCCGGGGAUGCACAUGUGUGCAGACCCCUCGGCAUGUCACCAUGCUGUGUGGGCACCUGUCGUGUGAGUAGCUCCGGGCGUGGCUGCUCCAGGGACCUUCCUUUUCUAUAAGAUUUAUUUCUAGGGCCCUACCGCCCCUCUCUCCAGAGGGGAACGUAAGAAGUUUAACGGAGCUGGGACUGAGAAGAUUAAGGGAGUGGAAGAGAGAAAGGGCCGAAAGGGUGGGGACUGUGGGCGCUGGGGGUAGAGAACCGGUUCUUUGACCCUCUCCCAGCCAGAAAGGCAUUUUGGAAAGACUGGCGUGACAAAAGUGGCCCUGAAAUGUCUAGAGAGCUGGAACAGUGAGUAAGUGUCACUGGGCUGAACCUGGCCAAUUUGUGAUCCAAAGGGAUGCUAGCAGUUAGAAAGGCAAGGAGGAAACUCAGGAUGGGGACCAUCUGUUCCCCCAACCCCAGCGGGACAAAGACAGCUUCAGACGUCUGCAAUGCUGACUGGAUGGCCUCGCUCCCCCCUCACCUCCACAACGUCCCCCUUUCCAAUCUGGCAAUCCCAGGUUCCCAUGAUUCAUUCAGCUACUGGGUGGAUGAAAAGUCCCCUGUGGGGCCUGACCAAACUCAGGCUAUCAAACGCCUCGCCAGGAUCUCCUUGGUGAAGAAGCUCAUGAAGAAGUGGUCUGUGACUCAGAACCUGACCUUCCGGGAACAGCUGGAAGCUGGGAUCCGCUACUUUGACCUGCGUGUGUCUUCCAAGCCAGGGGACACUGACCAGGAGAUCUACUUCAUCCAUGGGCUUUUUGGCAUCAAGGUCUGGGAUGGGCUGAUGGAGAUUGACUCCUUCCUUACACAACACCCCCAAGAGAUUGUCUUCCUCGAUUUUAACCACUUCUAUGCCAUGGAUGAGGCGCAUCACAAAUGCCUGGUUCUCCGGAUCCAGGAGGCCUUUGAAAACAAGUUGUGUCCAGCCUGCAGUGUGGAAAGCAUGACGCUGCAAACCCUGUGGGAGAAGAAGCGCCAGGUUCUUAUCUUCUACCACUGUCCCUUCUACAAGCAGUACUCCUUCUUGUGGCCAGGAAAGAAGAUUCCAGCACCUUGGGCAAAUACCACAAGUGUGAGAAAACUAAUCCUCUUCUUGGAGACCACCCUGAGUGAGCGUGCCCCCCAGGGCUCCUUCCAUGUCUCCCAGGCAAUUCUUACCCCUAGAGUGAAGACCAUCGCCCGAGGCCUUGUGGGGGGCCUCAAGAACACCCUGGUUCAUAGGAAUCUUCCUGCCAUCCUGGACUGGGUGAAAACUCAGAAGCCUGGUGCCAUGGGUGUCAACAUCAUCACGUCUGACUUCGUGGACCUGGUGGACUUUGCCACAACCGUCAUUGAGUUGAAUGACCUUCUGCAGGAGGACAGAGCUUUGGCUAAAUGCUGA